CCAUGGAAGCAGACCCCUCUGCGCCUGUCGAUCUGAGCUCUUUCUGCGUGUCGGAGAAGUACGGUUUCCUCCUAACAGAUCCAUUGACGGAUCUCCCAGAGUAUUACUGGAUAUGGAUGGACUUGGCGAGGAAUGUCCCCCACCUUGUACAGACUCACCAGCUGCAAGCGCGAGUGGCGGAGAUGCCUCUGCUGAGCAGCAGCUAUCUGAAGGGGCACAGGGAGCUGAGACUGGCUCGCACUGCUCUGGGCUUCAUCACCAUGGGAUACGUGUGGCAGGACGGCGCACACCAACCUGCCAAGGUCCUGCCUAAAGUGCUCGCUGUGCCGUACUGCACGGUCUCCAAAAUGCUGGGACUCCCUCCUAUCCUCGUAUACGCCGACUGCGUGCUGGCCAACUGGUGGCUGAGGGACCCUGGCAGGCCCAUGGAAAUUGAGAAUAUAGACACACUCUUCAUGAUUCCAGGGGGAGACAGCUGUAAAGGCUUCUUCCUGGUCUCCGUGCUGGUGGAGCAGUCUGCUUGCACAGGACUGCAGGGACUUGCCACGGUAAUGAACUCCAUGCUGACCCGUGACAUCACUGCAGUGCAGGAGGGGCUCACUGUUGUGAGCGAUUCCAUCAGGAGGAUGGCAGAGGUGUUCAAGCUCAUACACAAGCAUGUUGAACCCACAAUGUUUUACAACAGUAUGCGAACCUUCUUCAUGGGGUGGAAGGAUAACCCAGCCCUCCCAAACAGUCUGUGGUACGAGGGGGUGCCAGAGCAGCCCCCAGGCCUCAAUGGGCUCAGUGCAGGCCAGAGCUCGGCCCUGCAGUGCUUCGACCUGCUGCUGGGGGUGCAGUACAGUGAUGAAACCGGCCGUUCCUUCCAGGAGUCGAUGCGAGCCUACAUGCCCCCCCCUCACCGCCAGCUGCUGGAGACAGUGUCCAGCUGGCCCCCCCUCCGCCAUUUUGUCCUCUGGAGCUCCAGCCAGGAGCUCCGCCACUCAUACAACUCCUGCGUGCUGGCGUUGGCGGACCUACGCACCUACCACCUCAACGUCACGGCCCGCUACAUCACCAUCCCCGCUGGCCAGGCCAAGCUCAUCCACUGCCCCUUCGGGAACUCCCACGCCAGGCAGGAAACCCACGGAUCGGGCGGCUCCAACUUCCUGCCCUUCCUGAAGGGGAUUCGGGAUGACACGAAAAGAGCCCUUAUAACCGACCAAUGAGGUCAUCCAGAUCCCUGCAUGUCACCUGGGCGUCUCAGACCGGGAACAUAAUGCAUAGUUCCUAUUACUGACAUGUGGCCCUCUCAGCCAGCCUGGCUCUGGGGGAUAUUCCCUCCACCAUUACAUUUGAGUCAUUUGGCAGACGCUUUUAAUCCAAAGCGAGGAGUCAGGAGUGUCAGAAGACUCGCCACAGAUGUUCCACUGAAAGGACAGCAGGACUGUAUGCCAUUUACUGUAAACGUUAAGAGCAUUUAUACAACAGUUAGUUACGGUCCAGUAAUUUAAUUGGAAGAAGCAUCCCAUGAGUUCAGAUAUACAGUACAUCACUCCGACCUCAACCCGCAUUGUUUACAGAAUUCUUUCAGCUACUGCAAAUGUAUCAGACAUCCCACCUCUCCCAGAAUGUCAGCAUCCCGGAUUUAAGCACCUGAUACCUGGAGCGGGUAGAAUUCUCUUACAAACCAGCAAUAUGCACCAACGGCAAAGUGAAGUUUAUAAAUGCGCAUUAUCCUGUCAUGAAUUGACGGACAAUCAUGAAUUAACGAACCGAAAAGGGUAAAGUGAAGUGGUAUUGCUUCUAAAUUGUCUGAAUAAGUUUGGUUCAAUGUGUCUGGGCUAAACAAUUUAAACAUACUGUAAAUACAUCGCACUUGAUGUGUUUGCUCCAUUUUUAAAUAAAUGUGGUAAAAAACUACACAUCUGUGUGGUAAUGCGUGUUUUGCGGAUUUGAUGCUUUUAACCUGUGGAAGAACCUAUGCGCUUGUAAGUCUCUUUGGAUUAAAAGCAUCUGCCAAGUGACAAAAAUGUAAAUGUAAGUGGUAACAUUUGCAUUUUCUGAAAAUCAACAUGUCUUUCUGAGCAGUAGAUAUUCAAUGAUUUUAGCACAAAUUUGAAUGAUUGGCAUAAGGUUGAGCACUAAAGGGGAGAAUGUUAGACAGUAGGCUAUUGAAAAUUGGAAAGAAGCAUUGAAAGUUUUGGCCUUUUCAUAGGGUAUUAUUUAAAAAUACAGGUUAAUUUUUGCUGGCCUUAUCUUUAAAAAAAUAAUUAAAGUAGAUAGGCUACUAUGCAUUUUAAAUGUAUUUAAUGGCAAUGGUUCACACUUGUAUUAAAGUAGUAAUGCCACCAUCCAGCAUAUAGUGAUAUUAACAUUUGAAAAAUAUGAAAAUGAUCUGAGCAGAAGACAUCUAUCUCCCUUCAAACCAUGUGUGCAGCAAGUUUAAUUUCAUCCUGAAUUAAAGUGACCUCUACUGGCAGCUCUGAUUUCAACAAGACACAUCAACUGGGUUUAAGCUAAGAUGCAUUUGCACAUCAAACUGCAGGUUCUGAGAACACAGCAAUUGGUUUUUACAAGACCAAGUGAUCUUUUCUGAACAAUGCAGGUUAAACUCUUUGAACUUCUGCAACCCCUGUCCCUGGUUCGACUUUUACACUUUUGAAUAUUGUUUAGAAGUCAAUUACAAUCAUCAUAACAGACACAUACUAAAGUAUACAUGAGUAAAGUAGGUGAGUGAAUUUACAAUUAUUUACAGAUGAGUCAUCUACAAUGUUUUACGUAUAAUAAUUGACAUGGACUCUUGCAAUGAUUACAAUUCUGUAAAGCCAGUGUUUCACCUUAUCAUUGAAUACCUUGUACUUGUUUUGAGAUUUUAAUUCAGUUGGUAGCACAUUCCGAAAAUUUGUGCGUUUUACUGAAAGGAAAGUUGUUUUAAGUUGUGCCACUCUGC